AAAAAAAAGGCUUAUAAAGGGGCUGAAUUGGUCUAAACAUCUUAAAUCUUCAUUACGACCCCCCCAGGAAUAAUAAGAAAUCUUAAUUACCAUCCAAAACAGCAUAGAAAUGGACGUGCUAAACAAGCUCGCUGGGGUCAAGAAACUGGCCAUCAAUGUCAAUAGUCCAACACGAUUGGGCCCAAAGGGAGAACCCCUACUCUAUGGCACACCUGAACAGCCAGCUGUGAUUUCGGGUGAGGUCGUAUUUGAGUCGGAUAGUGCCUUCAAGGGUCAAGACCUGACUGUCGAGGUCACCAUGAUGAACACCUCGGGAUGGACAGAUAUUGCUGGCUACCAUCAUUUUCCUUACAGAAGCUGUUCAGUGUUUGGUAAGAAGAGUAUUUCGGUCGGGUUACGCUACUCAUCCCCAGGGACCAUCCAAGCUGGCAAGUACAGGGCAACAUUCAAUGUACCUGUUAACAUUACUGCACCUUCCUCUAUGACGAAUGAAAAGAGUUGGAUGACUUACAAGGUGACAGCACGGAUCCCUCGAUCCCUUCCAAACGCUGAUAUUGUGGAGGAACGAGAGGUCUGGGUCAUCAACUCCAAUAUUUCGAGUGGACAACGCCAAGGAGAAAAGCUCAUACCUUGUCUCGUUUACGAGACUGGGGAUGAACUCGAGCCCUCUGAGACACUGGAUAACCCGAAGGAAGAAGCUGAAGAGCCUAUGCCUAAAUGGAUAGAAAAACUUCACAACUUCUCAUUGUUUUCCAAGAAGGAGAAGGUUAAAGGCCCUUUUGCCCCUUCCUCAGCUGGAGGCCUCUAUUACACAUUCGAGGUGCCCACUACCACCUUUAUUGCAGGAGAGACUUUCCCGAUCGCUCUUGAAGCUCUUCCGUUAAUAUCCAAGGAGGAUUCCUCGCCAGCCACUGCUACUUCUUCUUUUGGAGGUAGCCCUCUCCCUACACAAAUCGACAUCCCUAAAAUCCGUGUUCGACUGGAGCAAAAGAUGUUUUAUUGGCAUGACAAUGGCACAGCCAAAUUUCCUGAGCCUAGGGAGUUUGGAUGUGAUUUCCCAGCAUCCUUAAUCACUGGCGGUGAUGAGAUGAAGAAUGGAUGGAGAUUACUGCUCAACGCGACUCUACCACGAUUGGGUGCUAAAGAAGUCAAGGUUGAAGGUCGGCUUGGAGAAGAAAAUGCCACUGAUGGGUUGAAGCCAAGUGUCCGAUGCCGUAGUCUGACCAUCAGACACAACCUUUGUGUCGACCUGAUCUUCAAGGAUUUAGUGCGCAAGUUUAAAAUACCCAUCACUAUCACUGGGCCUGCAGGUUCUGAACCUGUCCCAUCUCGAUUCAUUUCUGACAGUAGGUGGGUCUGCACAACUCGGCCAGGCCUGUUGGAGGAUAAAUUGUUGACUGAAACAGUUGUUCGAAGAAUAGACGGGAUCUUUACUGCCAUAACUAGGACAGAUCGAGGGGUUUAACAAGAAAAAUUAUGUAUACCAUACAAGAUAAAGCAAAUAAAAAAGACCUUAAUUAUAG